AUGGCUAUGUCAAAGGAUUCCUACCAAUAUAAUCGAAAGACUUUUGAGGAUGCCGUAAGUAUUGUUUUCGUAAAUUCUUUCAAACAUUUUAUUUUGUUCUCUAAAACCCUUUACAGGAAUGCCCAAUCCUUUGCAGCACUUGUUUGGGAAGUAACCCUUACAUUCGAAUGGUAAGUUUAUUUUCAAUUUGACAUUCUUCUAUCUUUAGCAAAAAGAUAAGUUUGGAGCUUCCUGUAAGAUUUGCGAGCGUCCCUUUACUUGUUUCCGAUGGAUGCCUGGAAAAGGUGCCAGAUAUAAGAGAACAGAAGUCUGUCAAACGUGUGCCAAGCUGAAGAAUGUCUGCCAAACUUGUCUUCUUGAUCUGGAAUAUGGAUUGCCUGUUCAAGUCAGAGAUCACGCGUUGGCUAUUCAAGAUCAGAUGCCAAGAGAUGGUGCGAACCGGGACUUCUUCAUUCAGAACGCGGAUCGAGCUUUGGCCAACACUGACGGAACCGUCCCUUAUGGUCAAUUGGCAGAGAUUAAGGAUGCCGGGAGUAAUGAAUUGCUGAAGAAACUGGCUCGAAGUCAACCAUAUUAUAAUAGAAACCUGCCGCACAUUUGUUCAUUCUUUGUAAAAGGCGAAUGUAGGAGAGGGGAGGAGUGCCCUUACAGACACGAGAAGCCAUCCGACCCCGAUGAUCCAUUGAGUCAGCAGAAUAUGAAGGACAGAUAUUAUGGGCACAAAGAUCCUGUGGCCGAGAAAUUGUUAACCAGAGCUCAAGCUUUCCCCAAAUUGACACCUCCCACCGAUGAGACUGUUACUACUCUGUAUCUGGGAAACCUUGGGAGAGGUGUUAUUGAAGAAGGCGAUAUUAGGUAAGACCUUUUCUUCUUUGUUUAUUCUUGUUUUAGAAACAAUUUCUAUCAGUUUGGCGAGAUAAGAACAAUUCAUAUGGUCCGCGGGAAAGAUAAUGCUUGCGCAUUUAUCCAAUUCACCACCAGAGAAGCUGCCGAGCGAGCGGCGGAGAAGACUUUCCAGAAUCUAAAUAUCAAUGGAAGGAAAAUCAGAGUAAGGUGGGGGACUCCAAAAGGAGAGACCACCACAUAUAAUCACGGUAAUCGACCACUAGACCCUGUUCCCAACAUCGGAAGCCGUAAGUUGAUUUUUUCACAUUAACUUAACGAUAGGUAAUAUUUUAUCAUAACGAAAUUGUUUUAGUUCCUGUCCCUGAAUUGCGUACCGGAACAUCCAAGAGACAUGGAGGAGAUCUCCCCGAGCCUCCACCUCAGCCCAAACAUCUAAUUGUGCCCGAGGUCGGACCAUCCACCUCCAUGAACAGCAGAUCCACCAACCAGAUCUAUUACCCCAGUCAAGAUCCCCAGAGACUUGGCGCAAAGGGGGAUGUUAUCGAAUAA